AGCUGAGGUUGUUUGUUCCCGCCGUGCCUUGCGUUCGGCAGAUCUGCAUCCGCCCCCUCCCUCUCACCAUGGAGGAUGCAGGCGAGGGUGAGGACGACCAUCGCAUGACCGCCCGGCAGCUGGCCUUGCUCAAGGCGAGCGGCGGGCAGAAACGCAAACCCAUCAUGGACGCCCACACCAGCAGCAGUGACGAGGAGGGCUCCGACUAUGGCAAGGGAGGGCGGCGCAGGAAGGCCCGCAAGAAGAGGCAGCGGAGGGAUAAGAAGGGUAAGGGUAAGGGCGAUAAGAAGGGCGGCGGGAGGGAUAAGAUGGAGGUGUCGGACGGCGACGAGGAGAUGGAGGUGAGCACUGAGGGAUGCAGAGGGCUGCUGAGGCUGGUGGUGGGUGUGCAUUUCCGUGUGUUGUGUGGUUUGGCUUCGUUGAUUUAUGCAGGAUGUGGUUGAGGUUGGUCCUGAGGACGCGUUGAAGGCUCUCAAGAAGAUGACGGCGAAGCUCGAGGCGCAGCUCAAGCAGGCCAAACAGGCCGAGAAACAGGUACUUCGUGGAACAGAGAGGCUGGCGGAAUGGGGUAGGGAGUACGUGUGUUGUGGUGAUAUCACGUGUGUGUAUUGAUGCCAUCAUGCAGGCUCGUGAGGUGUAUGAGUUGAGGAAGGCCGCCCCUGAUGCCGAAUCGCUCGAACACCAACACCGCAUCCAGGUGAGUGGGUGGGUCAUGGCCAACACCACACACACACCAACCGACAUCAACCCACACAGCCUCUUCUGGUAUGUGUGUGGUGCUGUUCAGGAGGUUGACCGUCAGAUCCGCGUGUGGUCGAGCAUGGUGUGUGCCGACGCCAACACGCAGAUCAGCCACGUGGACAAGGUCGCUACCAAGCAGAUGAAGGAGAACACCCGCAAACUGGACGCCAUCCGACACAAACUCGACGAAAUGGACCAAGACGACACCGAGCAGGUCAACACAACACAACCCAAGACAGCACACAGAAGGAGGGAAUCCACCUCCGUUCCUUUCCUCUGAUGUGUCAGGUCACAUCGCCGCUUGAGGGUCUGCCUGACGCCCUCUGGAUGGCCAACGGUGUGGGGAUGGGCGCCAUGCUGGGCUUCGUGUCGUGCCUGGAGUCGCUGGCGAGCAUCAACAGCUUCUUCCACCACCUCACCCAGCAGGCCGGCAUGCACCCCAUCGUCGAGCUGGAGGACUCACCCAAAAUGAAAAUCGCUAAGAAGUGGACGGCCGGUGAGGAGGGCGGGAAAAAGACGGAAAGCGGCACUCCAUGUGCGUGCGGCGAUGUGUGGUGUGCUGUGUGUUGUUGUGGUCAGGUCCGUUGUCUGAGUGUGUUGACGUGCGCAUCUACCACCCUCCCACCGCGUCCCUGGUGUGUCUGCUGGAGCGCCUCUCGGCCACUGUCGAGAGUGUGGACCUGCACUGCCCCUUCGAGUGUGCCACCACCUACAAGAACGGCCGGCGCAAGCCACAGUGGCGGCUGGACCGGUCCAUGUACCGAGACAUGCGAAACAUGACGAAGAUUUACCUGCCACGGAACAAGGUCAGGGAGAGGAGCUGACUGACAAAAUAAAAAUGACUGUUGGCAUUCAUCAUUUUCUUUCUUGUUUCCGUGCAGAACCCUAUCGUGUUUGAGCGUGUGGAGUCGGCCAGCGUGAACAGGGUGUGGGCCAAGCUGGCGGAGGACCGGCUGUACCAGAUGCCGUCACUCAAGGGACUGGGCGUGGUGGACGUCGACAUGGGUGCGCCGCGCUCGUGGAUCCGGGAGGCUCAGGGGGGCAUCAACUCGCUGCACAUCAUAUGUGAAAAGGUCGGUAAAAAGAAAGAGGGACAGCCUGGGGUGUGGACGACUUGUCUUCAUGCAUUCAUUCUCUGUCUGCAGGAUGAUCCAAGUUGUCGCAAUGCCGUGAGUCUCAACCGAGUGAGAGACGUCCUCGAGAACACAGAAUCAGGUGAAGAAACACACGACACAUAAGCCAGCUCUGAUUUCUGGCCUCACGCCUUCCCCAUUUUGCCCUCUGUGUGUGCGCCAAUCAGCCAAGAGCCUCACGUCGCUGACUGGCCGCAUCGCGUUCUUCAACAACUACUACUUCAAUCUGCUGGGCUCGACGGUCGAUGGGGGAGGCCCCCUGGAGGAGAUCGAGAUGGCCAUCGGAGAGAUCUACUCCACAGACAAGAUACAGGUGAGGAAGAAACACAGUCACUUUCUCUCCGCAUCCAUGGCUAUCCCCCCGACCCUUUCGUCUCCGUGUUCGUCGGCAGAAUCUUCAUCGGUUUCGCACCAAGUGCCUCGCCCCUGACGCGCGCGAGGACUACUUCAACGGCAUCGAGGAGGGCGAGCUGCAGGGCGGCCCCAUCGUCCACCUGCCCUUCAGAGGCGACCAGAAGACCCUCACCGACUCCCUCUCGACGGUGGAGGUGUGCUGCCAGCAGGCCGAGAAGGUGACCCUCGACAGCCACGCGUACGACAGCACCAUCGAAAAGGCCCCCGGGCUGGACUCGCUGGUGUUUGAGCAUGCCCACGAGCUCACCAUCGUGCGUUACCCCGGCGUCCGCAAGCUGCCCUCAUACAUCACAGACGACCCCAUAUCGCUCUUUCCGAGUGUGUCAUCUGUCGUGAUGUCGCAGAGCUGGGAGGGCAGGUGUGUCUUUGAUGGUGGGGCGGGUGGUGUGCUGCAUGCCCUCUCCCCCUACCUAGAGAAGGUGCGUUUUGAGUUGUCUGCCCGUGCGAACCCUGAGGCCACAUGCACACUGCUGCCUGAUGGCCUCGAGUUCGUGUCAGGCGAAGGCAACGACUUACCAGUACAGCUGAAGUAUGACAUCCAAUGCGACAGACGGCGCUACGACUUUGACUUAGACAGAGAGGAACGCGCUGACAUCUCUAUCGGUUGGGAAAUGUACGGGGGCGGGGAUAGCGAGGCAGUCAGGGAGGUGAUGGAGAGUUGCCGUGUCUCAUCACUCGAGGUGUGCAUCAAGGUUGAAUAUGCC